GCAUCUUUGUCUGUACGGAGGAGCUGUGGGCUUCCCUGCCUGCCUGCCUCCAUCGACACAGCAACAUCUAAAAGAUAAGAAGACUAUCCUUUCUGAAGACAGAGGUCGCAUAUUCAUCUGCCGCAUUCAUCUCUGCUCAAUUUAGGAUUUUUUCCCCCCUCCUUCCUCUUUUGUGCUUGUGUUUGCCUGGCUGGAAUAAUCAAACCCCUUCGCGCCGUAUCCAUGUGUCGGAUCGCUGGAUGAUGCACAGGAUGUUGGGAGGCUGAGAAGAAUGGAGGCUGCACCUAAGCUGCGUGCCUAGCUAACCCAUGGAGAACUGACAGGAACAGUGCUGGAUGGAGGCCAAGACACUGGAUGGCGAAGACGAGGAAGCACACAGUAUUGUGGAUCACUUGUGUCGUUUGUUCUCUUUUCUCAGCCGAUCCAAAGUAGAUGCAAAGUAUUCUGCAAUGUGCCUCAUUUGUUCACUCUGUCACGUGUCGCCCAUGGAGAGAUGGCAAAAAGAAUCAGGAUAGACUGUCAAGGCUAAAGAAAAUCAUUUACUGCAUGCAGGAGUUGCAGUCUUAUCUCUGCAAAUUUUAGGCUGAUAACAAAAGAAGUGUAGACACUAGAUAACGUUUCCUGCUCACAGCUCUGUUGGAUUCAUAUGAAUUAGAGACCACAGGGGAGACAGUUGUUGUAGAUAGUAACCAUCAUGGGCAGGUGCAGAGGCAAGGCUUCCUGCUUACUGUUUUUAGCUGGGCUGGUGCUAACAGGAAUAGCUUUGGAAUAUGAGGGGGUUCCUGGUCAGUGGACACGCUACGGCCAGUGGGAUGCCAAAGCAACAGGUGAGCUCAGCUUUAUUCUGAAAACCAACAUCAGCAAAGCCCUGGUGCUCUAUCUGGACGACGGAGGGAACUGCGACUUCCUGGAGCUCCUGAUCGCAGACGGGAGGCUCCAAAUGCGCUUCACCAUCCACUGUGCCGAACCAGCCUCCCUGCACACAGAGACACGAGUCAACGACCUGCGCUGGCACAGAGUCCUUCUCACCCGAAAUUACAGAGAGACCCGACUGGUGGUGGACAACGAGGAGAAAGUGGCCGAGGUGAAGUCCAAGAGAAAAGAGAUGGUAGUGGCCAGUGACCUCUACGUCGGGGGAAUCUCGCCGGAUGUCCGUCUAUCUGCCCUGACGUCCAGCACUGUAAAAUACGAGCCACCAUUCCAGGGCCUUAUAGCCAAUUUGAAGCUGGGGGAGGCGCUACCGUUGCUGUUGGAUGGCCAAGCUGUUCAUAGUGAUUUGGAGUACAUAUGUGACAUACACUCUCCGUGCAGCAACAAAGGCCUGUGCUCUGUCAGCCAAGGAGAGGUCCUCUGUGACUGUAUCAAUACCAGCUACAGGGGAAGGUACUGCCAUGAAGCUGUCCAGAAAGAAGUAGAAGGGCAGGAGGAGUCAGUGGCCACCUUCAAAGGCAAUGAGUUCUUCAGCUACAACCUGUCCCAGACUCCCAUUCAGAGCAGUUUGGAUGAGAUCACACUGUCCUUCCGUACCCUGCAAAGGAAUGGCCUGCUGCUUCACACGGGGAGGUCAGCCGAUUAUGUCAACCUGUCCCUAAGGAACGGGGCUCUGUGGCUGGUCAUCAAUCUGGGCUCCGGUGCUUUCGAGGCCCUGGUGGAACCGGCCAAAGGGAAGUUCAAUGACAACGUCUGGCAUGAUGUUCGAGUGACGCGCAACCUCCGCCAGGUGACGAUCUUGGUGGAUGGGAUUCUCACCACCACCGGCUACACACAGGAGGACUACACCAUGCUGGGCUCUGAUGAUCUCUUCUACAUAGGGGGCAGCCUAAACACAGCCGACCUGCCAGGCUCCCCGGUCAGCAACAACUUCCUGGGCUGUCUAAAAGAUGUGGUCUACAAGAAUAAUGAGUUUAGACUGGAGCUGUCACGACUGGCUGAACAGCGAGACCCAAAGAUCAGUAUCCAUGGUGACCUGAUAUUCAGCUGCGAGGAUGUGGAAGCCCUGGAGCCGGUCACCUUUGACACGCCAUCUGCCUACUUGACAUUGCCCAGGUGGAACACAAAGAAGACGGGCGCCAUAUCUUUUGACUUCCGCACCACAGAGCCCGUCGGCCUGCUGCUGUUCAGCCACGGCAGCCUGCAGGGCACGCAGCCCGACAGGAAGCCCAGGGCCGAUUUCUUCGCCAUAGAGCUGCUGGAUGGGUUUCUCUACCUGGUCAUGGAUAUGGGCUCUGGCAGCAUCAAGAUGAGAGCCAGUAACAAGAGGCUUGACGAUGGCGAGUGGUGCCAUGUGGACUUCCAGAGGAGAGGGCGCAACGGCUUUAUCUCGGUGAACAGCCAGAGCAUCCCCUUUUCUGCUAACGAGGGCAGUGAGAUCCUUGACCUAGACGGAGACAUGUAUCUCGGAGGUUUACCUGAAGACCGCCAAGCCCUCAUGCUCCCCCCUGAGGUAUGGACCGCCUCCCUCAGCCUUGGCUACGUGGGCUGUGUGAGGGACCUCUUUAUUGACGGGCAGAGCCGGAACCUGUGGAGGCUGGCCGAGGUUCAGAGCGCCACAGGUGUCAGCAGCUUCUGCACCAGGGAGACUCAUGUCAGGUGCGCCAGAGACACGUGUGCCAACGGCGGACACUGCAGAGAAGGCUGGAACCGCCACAUUUGUGACUGCAACGGAACUGGCUACCUCGGGCCCAGCUGCGAGAAGGAGGCCACCAUGGUGAGCUAUGACGGCAGCAUGUAUCUGAAGGUGGUGCUGCCAAGGACGCUGCACACAGAGGCCGAGGACGUGUCCCUCCGCUUCAUGUCCCAGAGGGCCUUUGGCCUGCUGAUGGCCACCACGUCGCAGCAGUCGGCGGACACCCUGCGUCUGGAGCUGGACGGAGGCAGAGUGAAACUCACUGUGAACCUGGAUUGUAUCAGGAUAGACUGUAAUCUCAGCAAGGGACCAGAGGUACUCCUGGUAGGCGAGAAGCUGAAUGAUAAUGAGUGGCACACAGUGAAGGUGGUGCGGCGUGGGAAGAAUUUGCAGCUCUCUGUGGACAAUGUGACAGUGGAAGGCCACAUGACUGGCGCCCACACCCGCCUGGAAUUCAAUAACAUCGAGACGGGGAUCAUGACAGAGCGGCGUUUCAUCUCUGUGAUGCCUUCCAACUUCAUCGGCCAUCUGCAAGCUCUCUCCUUCAAUGGGAUGCUGUAUCUGGACCAGUGCAAGAACGGAGACAUCUCGUACUGCGAGCUAAAUGCUCGAUUCGGCAUGAGGCACAUUGUGGCCAAUCCUGUAACUUUUCAAACCCAAGCCAGCUACUUGGCCUUCUCCACCUUGCAGGCUUACGCCUCCAUGCACCUUUUCUUCCAGUUCAAGACCACCACUCCCGACGGCCUGAUACUUUACAACUCUGGAGAUGGUAGUGACUUCAUUGUGGUGGAGCUGGUCAAAGGGUACAUUCAUUAUGUCUUUGACUUGGGAAAUGGGCCGUCGCUUAUGAAGGGGAACUCUGACAAGCCUCUUAGUGACAACCAGUGGCACAACGUGAUGAUCUCCCGUGACAACAACAAUGUGCACAUCCUUAAGAUUGAUUCCCGCACUGUCACCCAACACGCCAGUGGAGCACGCAACCUGGAUUUAAAAGGGGAACUGUACAUUGGCGGCGUUGGGAAGAGCAUGUACAGCAGCCUGCCCAGGUUAAUAGCAUCCCGAGAAGGAUACAGGGGCUGCCUGGCAUCCGUGGACCUGAACGGAAGACUCCCCGACCUGCUGGCCGAUGCCCUCCACAAGGUUGGAGAGGUGGAGCACAGCUGUGGAGGUCCCAGCACCACCUGCACAGAGGACUCCUGCCUCCACCAGGGAGUGUGUCUGCAGCUGUGGGAGGGCUUCUCCUGUGACUGCACCAUGACCACCUACGGGGGGGCGUUCUGCAGUGACCCUGGGACCACGUACAUUUUUGGGAAAGGGGGGGCUCUCAUCACAUUCACCUGGGCCCCCAAUGAGAGGCCGAGCACUCGAGCUGACCGGUUAGCCGUGGGCUUCAGCACUCAGCAGAGGGAUGCCAUCUUGGUGCGAGUGGAGAGCACCCACGGGCUCGGAGACUAUCUUCAGCUGCACAUAGAUCAAGGAAAAAUUGGUGUCAUCUUCAAUGUGGGGACGGAUGACAUCACCAUCGAUGAGCCUGCUGUCAUAGUAAAUGACGGCAAGUACCAUGUAGUGCGCUUCACACGCAGUGGUGGCAAUGCCACUCUCCAGGUGGACAACCAUCCAGUCAUUGAGCGUUAUCCGCCAGGACACUAUGAUAAUGAACGACUGGCUAUUGCUAGACAAAGAAUCCCAUACAGACUUGGUCGGGUAGUUGACGAGUGGCUACUCGAUAAAGGGAGACAGUUGACCAUCUUUAACAGCCAGGCAGCCAUUAAAAUUGGCGGUCAUGACAAGGGUCGGCCCUUCCAGGGUCAGAUUUCAGGGCUCUACUACAACGGUCUCCAGGUGCUCAAACUGGCAGCAGAAAAUGAUCCCAGCGUACAGGUGGAGGGGAACCUGCGUCUUGUCGGGGACUCGCUCUCCGUCUUGACCACCGACACCACCUCCGCCACCCCACUGGCAGUGUCUGAUAUGUCUACCACAAUAAUGGAAACCACCACCACCAUGGCCACCACCACCACCCGCAGGCAGCGGUCACCCAGCUUGAGGGAGAGCAUCUCAAAGCCGCAGAACUCUGAUGAUAUUUUGGUGGCCUCAGCUGAGUGUCCAAGUGAUGAUGAGGACCUGGAAGAGUGUGAGCCAGGAACAGGAGGUGAAUUAGUGUUGCCUAUUAUAACAGUGGAUUCCCUUGAGCCCCCAUCCAUCGCCACCCGUUACCCCGUCAUCCCUCCUCCCCCAACCCUCCUAUCCCCACUCGAAACCACCAAAGAGUCCCUGAUACUCCCUCCUCACCCUUCCUGCCCCCCGGACCAGGAGGACUGCGGUGACCCUGUGGAGGUCUCGGCCUUCGGCUCUGGGGAGAUGACGGAAUCAGAUGACGAGGACUUUUACAAUAAUAACUCCCCCAUGGUCACUGACAGGACAGUCCUUCCUCCACCUCCCACCGAUGGUGAGGGUGGAGUCCAGAAACCCCGCCCCCUACCUCCUUAUGUUCCCACCACCAACCCUGACCAGCUCCACAUCCCUGCAGGCAAAAUGAACACCCGUGACCAGGUGCUUCUGCCCCCUGCUCCUCCAUCCUCCCGAAACACACCAGGACUAACUUACCCCCCCAAUUUUCCCCAUGUGCCCACAGCCAACCCCACAGCCUCUGAUGAUAAGAGCCAACCCGGUGCCGUGGAGGUGAUCAGGGAGUCCAGUAGCACCACGGGGAUGGUGGUUGGUAUUGUGGCUGCUGCUGCUCUCUGCAUUCUUAUCCUCCUCUAUGCCAUGUACAAGUACCGCAACCGGGACGAGGGCUCCUACCAGACAGACCAGAGCCACAAUUUUGCCAACAAUUCCACUGUGGAGGGCAACGGAGCAGUGGUCAAAGACAAAAGCACAGCAACGGCCUCUGUGGCUAAGGCAAUCACAAAGGGCAAAAAGAACAAAGACAAGGAAUAUUACGUCUGAGAAGGAGGGAAGUGUGGACUGAGACAAGAGGAUGCUUUCGUUUCGCUCUCCGAUUUUGUCAGGUCGACCAUCAGAGAAAUCUCACAGGCCACAAAAUAAACAACUGCACAAAGCAAAGCUUGCAUUUAACGAUUGCAUUCUCCUCAAAAGUCAAGGUUGCCCAGCUCCUAUUCGUGAUAAAAUCAUCAUCUACAGCACAAGAUCUGACUCAUUCUGUGGGUCACGAUGUGCACUCAGUCUGCAUUCACCAAUUCUUUGUUAGUGUGUCAUUUUUUUAUGUUUUCAACAAGCUAGGAAGAGGCAUACACACUUUGGCUUUGUAUAUAGCAUGGUACAGUGAAGGAAGUGCUGAGAACAUCCGGACAGAUUUGCCUAAAUGUUUUCUUUGUACUUCUUUGUAACGCUCUAUCUCAAGUCUCAAUGUCCCCAUUAUGAUAUAUGAGGCAGAACAGGCCAGUUAUUGAAUUUUUAUGGUAGAUAAGCAGAGAGCCACUCCAGUAAUUCUGACUACACUCGAAAUGAAAGCCCUUAUAUUUGGAUAAGACAUCAUCUCUGCAGCCACCUUGUUACGUUAUGUGGUUUUAAAACUCCUCAGUCACUCUGCCUCUGUCCACAAGAAAUGGUAUUAUGUUGCCGGUGCAGCAUCAUGAAUGAAGCAUGAAAUUUAGCUCUCCUGGAGAAAAAGACAGCAGUUUAAAGGGAUUGUUAAAUCACUCAACAUACUCCAGCCAGUGAACCUUAUAGUAUGACGGAUUUAUGUGAGAUAUCACAAUCAGUUGGCCAUGCCAUUCCAAGUAGGGGUAAUUGUGAACAAGUCAGUCUACACCAGUGAAGGUAUUUCUCUGUAAACAUUGCUUGUAUGUACAUAUAGAGGUUAGCAAGAUUGAAAAAGCAUUGUGUACACAGGGGAACAGGUAUGGAGAAGAAUAAACAUCCGAGAUGCUCUGCCCCCCCCACACACAUUUUCACAACGACAUCAAAACCGCUGCCGCCCGAACUUCACAGGAAUUGGGGGGAACACAGAAUCAUAUUUUGGGAAGUUUUUCUUCCUGGAGAGGGAGAUACAACCCGCCUCACCAGAGGCUGGCUCACUCUUGAUCUCUUCUUUUCUCAAAACUGUCAUGGGAUAAUUCAAAAGCACACAGAAAAUGUAAACAUAUCUUUGAGACAUAGAUAUUCCUUGUAAAGCAGCCAAACAUGUAUUGUUUUUUUCUAUCAGUUACUAAAAGACUAUUCUAUGAGAUGAAUAAUUGAAGGUUUGUGAAUUGUAUUGAUAUUUCUCUGAUAUUUCGAUGUAUCUUGUUACCACUCCUCUUAACACGUUACAUUUUAGAUUGCCUUUUACUUAAAUCCAGACAAAAAGCACACUUUCCUCCAAUAGCCGCAAAUAUCUUUGAGUUUUUGCAUUAUUUACGGUUCUGAUUAUGCAGAGAAAACACAAGGAUGGAACAAACAAAUGUUUUUGUUUUGUUGCAUUGUGCAUUUUAUAUGUGCUGAAUCUGUUACUCAAUGGAUCUGAUAAUAUAAAGCCAUUUUCUCUGUUGAGUUAUGUCUACAUUUACUUAUUCAUGCUCUGUGAUUUCCUGUUAUUUUUUUAUGAAAGUGCCAUUCAACAUGAGCUGCUCAGCGCUCAGAAAAUAUUCCAUUCCUCACUCAUUGCUAUUGUAUAGUGUUCAUGUGAAAUGGAUCUUAAUAUGUGUACAGAACGUGGAUAAAGAUGAAAAUACACUUGAUU